GCUUCUCAACCAAAGGAGGACCAGAUCCGAGCAGAUCACAUGGGCAAGAGGCGAAAGAGGAGCAACCUCGCCGGCCGGCGUCCCCUGCCCCAACUCCGCCGUGAAGACGAAUGGCGAGAUUGGCCCAACCUGCCGACGGCGCUCGUCGACGACAUCGCCGACCGGCUGCUCAGCCACGACCUGGCCGAGUACAUCCGCCUCCGCGCCGCGUGCAAGGAGUGGAGGAGAUGCACCGCCGACCCGCGCGAGGGACGCAACCAACUGGACCCGCGCUUCCGUCCCCGCCGCUGGAUCAUGCUGUCCAACCGCACCGACGGCGACGGCCGCCGCUUCCUCAACCUCUCCACCGGCGCCAGCGCCCGCGUCGACCUCCCGGAGCUCUCCCGGCACCACCUCGAGGCCAGCGCCGAGGGCCUCCUGCUCCUGCGCGACAAGGCGAGCCACGCCGUGCGCCUCCUCAACCCGCUCACCAGGGCCCUCACCGACCUCCCGCCCGUCACCGCGGACCUCGGCAACGCGUACGCGGUCUGGACGGGGCCGUUCCAGUCCGCGGCGCGCAUCAUCUACGCCGGCGUCUCUGACGAGACCUCCCCAUCGUCAGUCGUGCUCCUGAUGGCUGACCGUCACCUUGGGCGUGCCAUAGCCUACGCCAAUCCUGGUGACCAGCGUUGGGCGGUGGUGGAUGACGAGAUGUGGAGGCCAGACCAACCCUUGUCAUGUCGAUUCUCGUCGGCCUCAACCAUGCGGGGGUGCUUCUACUUUGCAACUGUCGAGGGGUACAUAAUACAGGUAAGGCUCUGCCCAGAGCCUCGUCUGGUGCCCGUGGUUGUGGACCAGCCCAACACCCAGUACAACAUGUUCUGCUACCUCGUCCCUCCGGAUGACCACCGCUGCGGUGGCAUGCUCAUGGUGCGCUACUACCUCAACCUUGAUCACCUCAGCGCCGACGAGCAAAGAAUCAUGAAACGCAGGAGGAAGGUCAUGGACGUGAUCAGGGUGGAGCGCCAUGUGAAGGCGCAACGGUGGAACCUGAUUCAGUUGUUUGAGGUGGAUGUGGCCGGGAAGAGACUUGUACCGGUGGAGGACAUUGGCCGCCACCGCGCCGUGUUUGUCGGGGAUGUGGCCUGCUUCUCCCUCUCGGCCAGGAGGUUUCCGUGCGUGGCAGGGAACGCCGUGUACAUGGGGGCGCGCGGUGCCCGCUGCCCUCCCGUCGGCGUGCGGUAUCUGGCGGACAAGACUGCUGAUCCAUCGUUUGUGUUCACCACGGACGUGCCAGGAUUUCUAGACUGUAUAUCAAUGAAACAGUACCGCGAGAAGAUACCAGAGCUGAAUCUAGUGCCUCUUGCUCGCCCUUGUACGCUCCAAGAGUACCUCGUCUGUUACGCAGGCCUGCUCGGCGGCCUCAAAGACUAAUUCAAUCAUCAUCAGCAAGUUA